AAUACUUUAAAAUUUACCUUUUUAGGAAAAGUACCGGAUGACAAGAAACCGCUUAUUAAUGCUGGCGCUCCCGGUGCAGUGGCCGAAUUGAAGCCUCAAGGUAGCAAAUAUGUUCCACCUAGUAUGCGCGACGGUGGCAAUAAACGAGGGGAUGCCAUGCAAAUGCAAAGACGCGAUGACAUCACUACCAUUCGUAUCUCCAAUUUAUCAGAAAGUACUACAGACGCAGAUUUGGAAGAGCUUGUUAAACCGUUUGGAACGGUGCUAAAAUUUUAUCUUCCUAAAGACAAGCAAACCAAUCUUUGUAAAGGAUUUGCGUACGUCCACUUUAAAUAUAGAGUGGAAGCUGCAAAAGCUAUUGCUACGCUCAAUGGUUAUGGUUAUGACCAUCUUAUUCUAAAUGUAGAUUGGUCAAAGCCGCAGACGCAAAAUAAUUAAAUGUGAUGAAAUAAAAAUUUAAAACCGGCUGUUUGGCGUUCGUACUCUUAAUUGUAACACCAUAUGCAAAAUACAAUCAAGUAUUUAAUAUAUUAGGGGGACCGGAAAGUAAUGUCGUUUCUGCGCAUAUUUAUCUGUUUGAAUUUAAUGUAAACAAACGACAUAACUUUCCGGUCCACCUAAUAAAUUCUUAAUACCUUAUGAAAGAAAGCUAAGGUAUAUUUGGUCGAAUAUUGAUAGUAUUAAUAUAAAUAUGUUAAUUAGAUGUGACCAACUCUUUCUAUAUAAGUCUUUUGCUUGUGGUGUUACAAUUUCUUGUCAGUUUAAUUAAAAAAUGUACUAUUUACUAUUUUAUAAAUAUAAAGUGGCAAUGUAUCUAUUACAUCAAUUUGUAUUUCUAGCAUUCUUCUGCUUGAAAAUAAAUCAUAUGCCGUAA